AUUGAGAACGUCACUUGAUAGUGUGAGAUCGGGUAGAGUGGAUAGAGCAAUAUAUACUAACCUUCUAGCAAAUGAUUUAUUGCAGUGUGUGCAAUGGAACGUUUUACCAGCUUCCUUUUGAUCUUUUAUUUCAUUAAGUAAUCUAUAGGGGAAAUGGGAGUAACUUACGAGCAGAUCUUGCGUGUCUACGUAAGAAUUCAGCUCUCGAGUAGCUCGUACCACAAAUCUCGCAGAUGAAUUGUUUUGAUGACAUGGAUGUUGAUAGAAAAGAGAUGUUCUUGGUAAGCGACGAUGUACUUUCGGAGCUUUUUAAGAGGCGUCAAUAGGAAGCAAUUUAGUUACAGUAAUAAGCGUACAUUCUUCUUUAACGCUGCAUCUACUCAAUUAGUGGGGUCUUCAACUACACCACAUAUCGUACCAAGUUUAAUUCCCUAUAUGGUCGCACUCUUGUUAGCUGCUACAAAUAAUAACGAAAACUGCGAUAACAUGGACCAUAUUGUUGCUGACCCUCCACUUGAACUCUACGAUACAAAGAGCGCAGGAAUAGCUGUAAGGGCCUCUAGGGAUAUAAAGAGGGGUGAAUUGCUUAUUUCUGAAUUACCUUUACUCAUAUGGGAGGAGGGAAUGUCUCCGGAACAAUUAAGACAUUGGACAGAUCAAUUGACACCUUCAGCACGUCAAACUCUGUUUAAUUUGUCUAAACGGUCUGAUAAGCUUGCUAUAGAAGCUGAAGAGAAGGAUAAUACAGAUGAAUCAGCUCGUAUACGUUCAGCUAAUGGUUUCGAUUUGGAACUUCCAGGUAUUCCUUUAUCAUUUCAUGGAAAAUUACCACCUCAACCAACACGUGCUAGCUUCUUAUUUCCUAAUAUUAGUAGGAUAAAUCACUCAUGUUUACCAAGUUGCGGUCACGCACUCGAUUGGACUCGUCUUCGAAUGGAGAUUUUUGCUAUGCGCGAUAUACAUAAAGGUGAAGACAUCUCAAUAGAGUAUCUCCCACAGAUGAUUACUCUUUCAACUGAAGAAAGGAAAGCGAAAUUGCAGACAACAUUUGGCUUCAGUUGUGCAUGCCAACUCUGCUCAAGUGAUAAUGAAACAAUCGAGCAAUCAGAUAGACGUAGAAAACAACUUAAGCUAUCAUCAAGGAAUCUCUUUGGCGCUGGCCUUAACAGACAACAAAUGGUUGGGGAGUUAGAACGUAUGCGUGUGAUCCUUCAAGAGGAGGGCUACAAGGUUUUGCCAGAGUUCGAACAAGAGAACAUAUCAAAAGCCUACGCUGUAUUUACUCAAAUGCGUUCAAACUUUAUUAAACAAGACGAAGAAUAAUCAUUAUUUAUUUAUUUGUACAAAAUUUUCAUAUA